CUCAAUUUAUAUUUAUACACAUUGAUGCCUAAGUUAAAGAAAACUUCAAAAUAAUAAACAGGGAAAUUUCUUAUUUUGUUUAAUUCUAUGGGGAAAGCAUCAUCCGUUAACUUGUUGCAGAACUUCUUGUGUAAAGUGUUGUUAAAAUUUCAUGCUUCAUGCAAGAAAGGCUGCUGUUUAUAGCUUGAUGUUUUUAGAAAUGACAGUAGGGCUCAUUAUCAUUCUUCUUUUUUUUUUCAUCAUCUUAUAUUUAUGUGGAGAGAGCCUUGAACUUUCACUGUUUGUGGCCGAAGAUCACCGGCUUCAGAAGCGAUGCGUUAAUCAGACGAGCAGGGACUUGGUGCGUGCGUGACCAGGCAGAGCUCUGUGACGGCAUGUGGCUGCUCGGUUCCGUGAAACACUGCGCGGGAUUGGUCAGCAGUGGGAGGCUGUCUGCCAUGCUGUCGUCCUGCAGGAGCUGUUGCAUUCCACGUUGCGCCAAACUGAGAUCGUGGCCGGCGCGGAACUUUGAAGGGAGGAGAGACUACCAAACCAGGACAGGAGUGUAUGGCUACCGCCCGAAAACAAAGAAAGAAUUUAAAAUUCCAGAUGAAGUGCUGGAGUCGAGAGCGAAGCAGAGCAACUUCCAUCGCCUGGUGUCGGCGUACCGCAAGUACGGCCACAGAAAGGCAGACAUUAACCCCGUGAACUUCAGCCCCGAAAGGGCGGUGCCGGAGCUGAGCCUGAGGCGGUACGGGCUGCGCGAACACGAGACCGUGCUCUCCGCCGGGAUCCUCGCCGCGCCGUGGGCGUCCGGCACGGCGCGGGAGGCCGUGCAGCUCUUGGAGGAGGCCUACUGCGGCAGGAUCAGCGCAGAGUUCGACUAUCUCGAGGACGAGGAAGAGCGGGAGUGGUUCGCCGAGCGGAUGGAGCGGCUGCCCUCGGAGACGCUGGCCCGGGAGAGCCGCGUGGCGCUCGCCACGGAGCUGCUGAAGGCGCAGACCUUGGACAGGUUCCUGGCCUCCAAGUUCGUCACCCUGAAGCGCUACGGCGGGGAGGGGGCGGAGAGCAUGAUGGGAGCCGUCACGGAGAUGCUCCGCGUGGCGGCGGAAGACGGAGUGCAGCAGGUGGUGGUGGGGAUGCCCCACCGCGGCCGCUUCAACCUGCAGACGGGCGUGCUGCGCUUCCGCCCGGCCCGGCUGUUCCAGAAGCUGCAAGGCUUUCCCGAGCUGCCGCCGGACGCCCGGGCCUCCGGGGACGUCCCCACGCACUUCUCUUCCUCUGUCGAUGUUGAGGCAGCGGGCAAGCAAAUCCACGUUAUAGUGCUCAACAAUCCGUCUCACCUGGAGGUCGUGAACCCGGUGUCCAUGGGCAAGACGCGGGCCAAGCAGCAAGCCCUCGGGGACGGGGACUACUCGCCCGACCCGGCCACGCGCUGGGGCAGCAAGGUCAUCAACCUGCAGAUACACGGGGACGCGGCGCUGGCGGGCCAGGGCGUGAACCAGGAGACGCUCCAGCUCUCGGCCGUGCCGCACUUCCAGGUGGGGGGCUCCGUGCACCUGGUGGUGAACAACCAGCUGGGCUUCACCACGCCGGCGGAGUGCGGCCGGUCGUCGCGCUACGCCUCGGACGUGGGCAAGAUGGCGGGCGCCCCGGCGCUGCACGCCAACGGCAACUUCCCGGAGCUGGUGGUGAAGGCGGCCCGAGUGGCGGCCCAGUACCAGAGAAAGUUCCGCAAGGACGUGUUCGUCGACCUGAACUGCUACCGCAAGUGGGGGCACAACGAGCUGGACGACCCCACCUUCACCAACCCUGCUCUGUACAGAGUGAUAAACUCCCAGAAAACUGUUCCAGAUGCGUACGCUGACGAGCUGGUGAACGCAGGCGUUCUGACGAGGAGCGACGUCAGCGACAUAGUGGAGCAGCACUCCGCCUUCCUCAGCGAGGAACUGAAGAGAGCAGACACGUACAAGCCGGAGCGGACGUACUUCCUGGGCAAGUGGUCGGGCAUGAGCCAAGCCCCUGCAGCCGUCACCACCUGGGACACCGGCUGUGACCCCCGGCUGCUCCAGCACGUUGGAUCCAGAUCCGUCACACUCCCGCCGGACUUCACCAUCCACCCGCGCCUGGAGAAGAUGCACGUGAAGCCGAGGUUGGUAAAACUGGCCCAGGGAACCAACAUCGACUGGAGCACCGCGGAGACUCUGGCGUUUGGCUCGCUGCUAUACCAAGGUUACAAUGUGAGACUGAGUGGCCAAGACGUUGGACGAGGAACGUUCUCUCAUCGUCAUGUCAUGUUGGUCGAUCAAGAAACUAACGACACGUACAUUCCUCUGAACAGUUUGACAGAAGAACAAAGUGCACAUCUUGAGGUUGCAAAUUCGAUCUUAUCUGAAGAGGCGGUGCUGGCGUACGAAUACGGAAUGAGCAUCGAAAGCCCAAGGAAUCUUGUGGUGUGGGAGGCUCAGUUCGGGGACUUCUUCAACGGAGCCCAGAUUGUCGUCGACACGUUCAUCUCAGGUGGAGAGAGCAAGUGGGCGGUGUGCAGCGCGCUGGUGCUGCUCCUGCCGCACGGCAUGGACGGCGCGGGGCCCGAGCACAGCUCGUGCCGCGUGGAGCGCUUCCUGCAGCUGAGCGACAGCGCGGAGGACCGGCCCGACGGGGAGAGCGUGAGCCUGCACGUGGCCGCCCCCAGCUCGCCGGCCCAGUGCUUCCACCUGCUGCGAGGCCAGGUGCUGAAGAACUACCGCAAGCCGCUGGUGGUGGUCGCUCCCAAGACCCUGCUGCGGCUGCCGGAAGCCGUCUCCUCGCUGAGCGACAUGGCGCCUGGCACGUCGUUCCGCCCGGUCAUAGGUGACGACGAGGUCACGGCAGAGAAGGUGCGGAAGGUGAUUCUGGUCAGCGGGAAGCACUACUUCGCGCUCCUCAAGCAUCGCAAGGAACGGAAACUGUCGGACGUGGCGAUAGUCAGAGUGGAGGCGCUGUCGCCCUUCCCCACCUUGCAGCUCCAGGAACAGCUGGCUCGGUACCGACGCGCGACGACUUUCAUCUGGAGCCAAGAGGAACAUCAGAACAUGGGAGCGUGGACGUUCGUCAAGAGUCGUUUUGAAAAUUUGAUCGGGAUUAAGGUGAGGUACGCGGGGCGCGGGCCGCUGGCCGUGCCCGCCGUGGGAGUGGCGCAGGUCCACGCCCGGGAGGCCGAGGAAGUCAUCGCCCGGCCCUUCGCCAUGUGACGUGACCUCUUCCCUUGCCCACACCGCCGCGCGCUCCCGGCGCCAUCAACCUCUGCGUGUCUCCUGCGCGUCACAGCAUACUCGAGCACCGAUCACUAGGGACAAGAUUACAUGUUGAAUUCCACUAACACCGAAAUUCAAGUUAUAUAAUGCAGUUACGAAUUGGACUAAAAACAAAAUAAUUCACAUUAUAAAAAAAAGGUAAUCUUUUAAUUAUUGAAAUUCAAGGACUCAUCAUUUCCUUUCCAGACAAAAAAAUUGUACAAAGUGCAUGGAUCAGAAAAAUUAAAUUUGUUUUACUAGUGUUCAAUUUGAAUAAAAAAUGUUGCAUUGCAUUUUUAUUUUGUUUGUUUUUUUAUAACUAUGGCAGCAAG